CUAGCAAAGACUUCCGGGUUUCACUUACGUUAAGUUGUUGGAAAAGACAGUCGUCAGAUGUGGACUGUGGAGUCGUUUCUGAUAGAAACGUACUUUUAAGGCGCUAGCUUUAUUAUGGCUGUAGCAAUUCAGAUGAUUGCCACUUGUCCGGGUAUAUAUUGUGGGAAGACACUGCUAAAUGGCUCAUCGGAUGGGGAAUGCGGGGUGUGUCCACGAGGUGAAAGGACCAAUGAGGAUAAGUUCUGUACAAAAUGCACGGAGUCCCCUGAGCUGUACGACUGGCUGUACCUGGGGUUCAUGGCAAUGCUCCCGCUUGUCCUACACUGGUUCUUCAUUGAGUGGUAUUCGGGAAAGAAAAGCUCGAGUGCGCUUUUCCAGCACAUCACAGCGCUGUUGGAGUGCAGCGCGGCUGCCAUCGUAACGCUGCUGGUGAACGACCCGGUGGGUCUGCUCUCCAUCCGGUCCUGCAGAGUCAAGAUGCUGUCGGACUGGUACACUAUGCUUUACAACCCCAGCCCGGACUACGUCACCACACUGCACUGCACACAGGAGGCAGUCUUCCCAUUGUACACAAUAGUUUUGAUAUACUACGCAUUCUGCCUGGUAUUCAUGAUGCUGCUGAGGCCUCUCCUGGUGAAAAAGAUUGCUUGUGGUUUAGGAAAAUCGGACCGGUUUAAAAGCAUCUACGCUGCUCUCUACUUCUUCCCAAUCCUCACCGUUCUGCAGGCUGUAGGGGGCGGCCUCCUCUAUUAUGCAUUUCCAUACAUUAUCUUGGUCUUGUCCUUGAUCACCCUUGCGGUCUACAUGUCGGCCUCAGAAAUACAGUCCUUCAAGAAUCUCAUCGCCAAGAAAAAGAGGUUGGUGGUUCUGUUCAGUCAUUGGCUACUCCACGCAUAUGGCAUCAUCUCCAUCUCCCGAUUGGACAAACUGGAGCAAGACCUGCCCCUGCUGGCCCUGGUCCCCGGGCCUGCCCUCUUCUACUUGCUCACAGCCAAAUUUACAGAGCCAAACAGGAUCUUAUCGGAGGGAGGCAAUGGGCACUGAGUACUCCCUCUGGGUUUGGACACAUGCCCUCUGAUUCCUGGCAUUGAUAGGAAAGUGGAGGAUCCUCACUGUUCACGCUGUAGCUGCCAUUUUGCCCAGCUGUGAUCCAAGUGGAGGAGAUGGAUGCAGCAGUUGUUUACUCUUACUUGGUCUAUCAUAACUGGGCUCGGUACUGGUUUUAUGACAGCUGUUUGGGAUUGCCAUCCUCUUGUCGAAAGCAAAAAUAAUUGAGAGUAUUCUAUGUAUAUACUUGUAGAAAGUAAAUAUUCAAAUAUAUGUCUACAGUACUUGAACAUGUGAAUUAUAUUGUACUAAUGCGUGCUUCUGGCCAGAUUUGUGCUUCUCUCUCUGCUAAUGUGCUCAUAGAAUUUGUUGGGGGUUAUGUUCAUGUCUGCAAGUUGUAGGUUCUUUACAAAUGACUGACUGUGCUAUAUAUUUUGUCACUCCACACGAAGUAACUUGGUGCAGUCACUUGAUUUUUUUUGUCUAAAUACAGCAGUUGUCCUUGUGAUAUUUAAGGUGAUGAAUACCUCAUCACAAAGGUGGUAAAGGUUUUUGGAUCAAAAAGAAUAAUUUUUGAUUACAAAAUCAGUGUGCCAAAUCCUUUAUUGUACCCUUUUUCUGCUCACAGGUAGCACUGAUGUUUUAAGUGUUUGAAGUUGUAUCAGAGUGAAGAAGCCAGAUGUUUGUAUUAUAGUUUGUAUGUAUCUUAAUAGGAUACAUUAACACGAUUGCUGCUGCUGAAUAGGAUUAGUUGUGCAUACCUGUACAAAGCAUGCCUGUGUUUUCCUGCUGUAUAGGCGAAGUGUGCAUGCGUCUGUCAGCGUAUGGGCAUGCAAUUACAGAUCAAUUUCUUCGCAAAAAUGUAUUAUUUAUUUUUUAUUUCUGUAUAUUAGAGCAGCAAAUGUUGAAUUUAUGCAUUCCUUUUAUGUAAAUGGUAAUGCAAGGAGAUAUCUUUAAUAUUUAAAGAAGUAACAUUUGCAAUUUACAUAAGUUUUUUCUUUCUUUCUUGUAUUUCUACUUUGUAGACAAGAAAUUCCAUGUUAUAAACGGCAGUACUUUAUCAUAUAAAUAGCUUUCAUAUUGCCGUUUGGCCCAGUCAAUAUAUUGUGUGUGUGUGUGUGUGUGAUGAUGAUGAUGAUGAUGAUCCUGGUGUCUGGAUUCAAACAUGGAUAUAACAUGGAUAUAAUUGCAUCAAUGUAAUUGUUCUGACAGAAGUGGUAAUUUUAUUCAAAUAAACUAAUUAUCAAAUGUG